UUCCGGCUCCGAGUUGUUUUCUGGGUCUUGAGCUGGCGGGAGGUGAGUUAGGAGCAGUUUCAAAGAGCUUAAAGAGUAUAAUUUACGGAUUGGAGUCGACUCUGAAGGGGUCGCGGGCCAGUCCACGCAAACAUGGCAGCCUCUACCGCGGCCGGAAAGCAACGGAUCCCCAAAGUGGCAAAGGUGAAAAACAAAGCCCCUGCUGAAGUACAGAUCACAGCAGAACAGCUUUUGAGAGAAGCUAAAGAAAGAGAGCUUGAGCUUCUGCCCCCACCUCCUCAACAGAAGAUCACAGAUGAAGAAGAAUUAAAUGAUUAUAAACUAAGGAAAAGAAAGACUUUUGAGGACAAUAUAAGGAAGAAUAGAACUGUGAUUAGUAACUGGAUAAAAUACGCACAAUGGGAAGAGAGUCUAAAAGAAAUUCAAAGGGCCCGUUCCAUAUACGAGCGUGCCUUAGAUGUGGACUAUCGAAAUAUCACCCUCUGGCUAAAAUAUGCAGAAAUGGAAAUGAAGAAUCGUCAAGUAAAUCAUGCCCGAAAUAUCUGGGAUCGGGCCAUCACAACUCUUCCCCGGGUCAACCAGUUCUGGUACAAAUACACUUAUAUGGAGGAGAUGUUGGGAAAUAUUGCUGGUGGUCGGCAAGUAUUUGAACGCUGGAUGGAAUGGCAGCCUGAGGAGCAAGCCUGGCAUUCCUAUAUUAACUUUGAACUGAGAUAUAAAGAAGUGGAUCGGGCACGUUGCAUUUAUGAAAGAUUUGUCCUCGUGCACCCUGACGUUAAGAAUUGGAUCAAGUAUGCUCGCUUUGAAGAAAAACAUGGCUACUUUGCUCAUGCAAGGAAAGUAUAUGAAAGAGCUGUGGAAUUCUUUGGAGAUGAACAUAUGGAUGAACAUCUCUAUGUGGCCUUUGCAAAGUUUGAAGAAAAUCAGAAAGAAUUUGAAAGGGUACGAGUGAUCUACAAAUAUGCCCUGGACAGGAUUUCAAAGCAGGAAGCCCAAGAACUCUUUAAAAAUUACACAAUCUUUGAAAAGAAAUUUGGGGAUAGGCGAGGUAUUGAAGACAUCAUUGUGAGCAAACGGAGAUUUCAGUAUGAAGAGGAGGUGAAGGCCAAUCCACACAAUUAUGAUGCCUGGUUUGAUUAUUUGCGAUUGGUGGAAAGUGACGCGGAACCAGACACUGUGCGAGAGGUAUAUGAAAGAGCCAUCGCCAACGUGCCACCAAUCCAAGAGAAGAGGCACUGGAAGCGAUAUAUAUACCUCUGGAUCAACUACGCACUUUAUGAAGAGUUGGAAGCAAAGGAUCCAGAAAGGACCAGGCAGGUAUAUCAAGCUUGUUUGAAACUGAUUCCUCACAAAAAGUUUACAUUUGCCAAAAUAUGGCUACUGUAUGCCCAGUUUGAAAUAAGACAGAAAAAUCUGCCAUUUGCCAGAAGAGCUUUGGGCACCUCUAUUGGCAAGUGUCCCAAAAAUAAAUUGUUUAAAGUCUACAUUGAAUUGGAGCUGCAGCUUCGAGAAUUUGACCGGUGCCGGAAACUUUAUGAAAAGUUCCUGGAAUUUGCACCAGAAAAUUGUACAUCAUGGAUCAAAUUUGCCGAGUUAGAGACAAUUCUUGGAGAUAUUGAAAGAGCCCGGGCAAUAUAUGAGUUGGCUAUUAGCCAGCCACGCUUAGACAUGCCAGAGGUGCUUUGGAAAUCCUAUAUUGACUUUGAAAUUGAACAAGAAGAAUCUGACAAAACAAGAAGUCUUUACCGGAGAUUGCUGCAGCGAACACAACAUGUUAAAGUAUGGAUCAGUUUUGCCCAAUUUGAGCUGUCUUCGGGAAAUGAAGAAAGUUUAACUAAAUGCAGAAAAAUUUAUGAAGAAGCCAACAAAACUAUGAGGAACUGUGAAGAGAAGGAAGAAAGACUCAUGUUAUUAGAAUCCUGGCGAAACUUUGAAGAUGAAUUUGGAACAGAAUCUCAUAAGGAGAGAGUGGACAAACUCAUGCCGGAGAAAGUUAAGAAGAGAAGAAAAGUACAGGCAGAAGAUGGGUCUGAUGCUGGCUGGGAAGAGUAUUAUGAUUACAUCUUUCCAGAAGAUGCAGCAAACCAGCCCAACCUCAAACUGCUGGCAAUGGCCAAACUUUGGAAGAAACAGCAGCAAGAAAAGGAUGCUGCAGAACAAGACCCAGACAAAGACAUGGAUGAGAGUGAAUCUUGACUUUUUCCAUGUUGUUGCGUUUUUGUUAUUUUUUAUAAAUUCCUACUCUACAAUUAUUGUGACUUAGGAAACUUUUGUGCAGUAUUUUUUAUCAGGGGUGAACCUUGUAUCUUUCCUAUGCUAUGUCUUUAAAAUAUUGCUGAGUUAGCAUUGAGAUUGUAAAUAAAGGACAUAAAAUUGCUUUCUUUAUAACACAAA